AUGAUGGUUGGCCCACUCUGGGUGUGGGUGGGUGGACAUGUGUGUGCCUGCAUGUGUGUGUGUGUGUGUUCAGGUGUGAGUGUCGGCCUUGGAGCUCCAUGCAGAAAGAAGUCAGACAGCGUGGCAGGCAAAGAGCAAGUCAAAGCUCUCUGAGGGGGCCCUGAUCACUGACCAUGGGGCCAAUGCACUGAGGGCCCCCCAGACAAAGUGUGGAAAAUAAUCAAGAAAAAGAAGAAAAGCUUAAAAAAAAAAAAGGACAGAGAAAGAAGAACAAUGGUUGCAGAGGAAGUGAUAAUAACAUUGUCGGGUGGAGCGCCAUGGGGCUUUCGUCUCCAGGGGGGUGUGGAGCAACAGAAACCACUCCAAGUGGCCAAGGUGCGUAAACGCAGCAAGGCAUGCAGGGCUGGGUUGCGGGAGGCUGAUGAGCUGGUAUCUAUCAAUGAACAGCCAUGUGGAACUCUAUCUCAUGCCCAGGCCAUGGACCUCAUCGACAGCUCCCCUGGGAUUUUACACAUCCGGGUCAAAAGGGUACCCGCUGGUUUUCAGUCCGUGGUGCUUGUGACUCGUGCCCCAUCUCCCCGUAUAGACAAAGAGUACCGUGCUGCUCUACGUGCCAUGUCACCUACCAACCCCCACCAUGCACCCAUACGUGAGGUUCACCGCAGCCGUUCAUCCCUGACCAGUGGCUUGACAUCUCCACCUGGAAGUGAGGCUUACUAUGGUGAGACUGACAGUGACGCAGAUGUGGCGGGCUAUGAGAGGCAGCGCCGUCAAAAACGCCGCAGCCCCAGCAACUCCACCCCAGGAAAACCAACAGGACGAGCCUCCCCUGAGGGAGGGGAAACGUCAGAGAUGAGUGGCUAUGACAGUGCUCCAGAUGCACAUGUUUUCCCUAGUUUGUUGGAUGGACGUGGGGGAAAUGGAGCUGGAGAAGCGGGGCAACCGGGGGUGGCACGGAGGGAGGUGAUUUAUAAGCCUCCUGGACCAGGAAUGUGGUCCUCCCAGACAUCAACUGAGACCUCCUCCAUCAUCUCCUCAGCAGAUGACCAGGGGCCAAGAGAAGGGCAAGAAGAGGAUAGUGGCUUUCUAGAGCCAGCCAAUGUGCCACUGGUUUCCCCUGAGAGGGCAAAGGAAGCCCUGAUGCUUGGCUCUCGCAGCCAGCUUGUGCCCAUGGUGGGUCCUGUGAAUAAACCCAUCGACGAGGAGCUUACAACUACCUACAUGGAAAAGGCUAAGCAAGCUAAACUGAACCGGGGGGAUACACCGCAAGACAAGCAUGUAAAGGAAGCCAAAAGCAAGUGUCGAACAAUUGCAUCCCUAUUGACAGAUGCUCCCAACCCUCACUCAAAGGGCGUGUUGAUGUUUAAGAAGAGGCGGCAGCGAUCAAAGAAGUACACCCUCACCAGCUUUGGUAGUGUGGAUGAAGAUAGGUGUCCAGAUUCACAAGAAGAAGAUGGGGUAUUCCCUGGCAGUGAAUCAGAGUUUGAUGAGGAUGGCUUCUCGGCAGUUCCUGACCCAACUUGGGAUAGUGACUACCUGGAUAUGCUGGAGAAGAGGGCAACUGCAGGCACUGAAGGUCGUGCAGAUGGGGCAGAGGAUGCUCCGAGUCCAGGGUUGAGUGACACUGCCGGUAAGGGUGCCCAGUUGUUUGAGCAACAGAGAAAAAGGGCUGCUGAACAUGCCAAGAAGGUAGAGGCAGCACAGCAACAGACUCCUGCACAGUCUCAAGUCCAGGAGCAGCCUCAAAUGUAUCACUUGCAUCCAGACAAUACAACAGACAUGCAACCGCAGAUGCAACCAAAUCUCCAGCCUCAGCACAUGACACCACCUGGUCCAACAACCGUACAUCAAGAGUUUUUUCAGGCUCAAGGUCCAGAUACAGCCCACGGAAUUUCGAAUGGGGACCUAUCCUAUUCUGCAGCUACUACAGCUUGCAUGACGUCACCUCCACCUGUUGCACCCAAAACGGCCACUGCCACAGUAACUGUUCUGACUAGACCUGCACCACCAGCUGAAACACCAUUACCAGAAUUAUCUGCUAGUAAUGUUCUCAACAGAACAGCACGUCCUUUCACUCCUGGCUUUAUCAGCAUUCGAGCUGCAACUGCACCAGUAACGUUCCGACCACCUGUCACAAAGACAAUCCAGCGUCCUGCUUCAGCAGCCGUUGUGCCACCGCCAUUCUCCACUGCCUCUGAAAUUAACAUUAAUGUUACAUCAGUAACAUCACUGCCACCCUCUGGUCCUCAGCCAGUGUUUGCCCCACCACCCUCUGUGCCUCAAGCGACAAUGGCCCCAACAGCAGAAACUCCUGUUACUAUUCACCCUCCAGCCAUCUCUACCUCUGUAGAGAAAAUGCCGUCGUCACCACCAAUAUCUACUUUUCAUCAUGCGCCAUUUGUAGCCAUGCCCCAAGUGAGUAUGCCUUCAAUGCCCUUGACUCCACAAGCACCAAUAGCCCCUGCCCCAGUUCCUUUUGCAUCUCAAAUUCACGGUGCAGCUGACCCAGCUUCCCCAGUGCCUCCACUUCAGGUGCCAGUUGCUCAGCCCCCUCAAACUCAAUUCUCUAUGGCCCCUGUAGCUACAGUGUCAGUUAUCUCCCAGCCAGAAGCUAUAGCUCCAACCCCUGUUCCUGGUCAAAUGGGUCGCACAGGAAUCUUACUUGAGGCUCGACGCCGUGGAGGCAAACCAAAACCUAUGUUCACUGUGCCAGAUGUCACAAAGAAAUCCCCAAAUCCUGACCUACUGUGUAUGGUGCAGAACCUGGAUGAAAGGUCCACCCGAUACAAACAUGGCCAGCCGCUGUCUGAGACUAUCUGUGAUGAUACAGCAGAGGAGACGAGUGGUGAGGUCAGCAUGGGGAGGGCACCUCCUCCAGUGGCACCCAAGCCAAAGGUCAUCCACGAGACCCCAAAGUUUCUUCAAGCAGGGGGCAAGGGGGCUGAGCUGUUUGCCCGCAGACAGAGCCGCAUGGGUAUGUACGUAGUGGACACUCCACCCGAGACCCCCUACCAGCAAGAAGUUGCCUCACACAGUGCAGCCCAAUCCCACGACUCCUCAAAUCCUCCCUUUCCUUCUCAGUGGAAAUACUCCCCAAAUGUCCGUGCCCCUCCACCCAUUGGAUACAACCCACUCCAUGCUCCUUCUAUCCCUACAGGUCCUCAAAGAGAUAUAGGGAAGCCAGAGAGCAGAGGUAGAGGAGGCUCUCAAAGAGAGGGCAUUAAGGCUCUGGAUUUCAUGAGAAGGCAGCCCUACCAGCUCAACUCUGCCAUGUUCAACUAUGGGGGCUAUGGGGGCAGUGUUGCCAAUCUAUCAGCCAUGCCUUCUUACCAGGCCCAGAGGCAGCAGCAGGGUGACUACACAACAAUGGUGGGAAGCUCAUUAACCCCACCCAAGCAAAUCCCUACAAAAACAGCCCGUGUCUUUGAAGUCAAGCGCUUCUCCACACCCACACCCAUGUCAGCACCGACUCUGGCUCCCAAAGUCAUCGCACCCCGCUCAGCCACUACCCUCGGAGAACGUUUGACUCAUUCCGACAUGACCUCCCCACCUCCUGCUCCUUUAGCUCCAACCCCUCUCUUUACACCGGCACCAAUCAGUGCCCCAACACUGGCCUCACCUCCCUCCCAACCAGCUGGACUGCCCAGCCUCCCAAAAUUCAGUGCUACCCCUAUUCCAAACCCUGUGCACCAUGCAGUCCCUACACCUUACACUCCAGUAUCAUACAACACCGGGCUCCAGACAGCCAAGCAGUUCCAGAGCGCUCCUGAGCUCAGUAUCCUUUCCUCUUUGCCCCCACUCAAGUCUAACCCUGUUCAGGCACCAAAACCACGUUUUGUUGCCACCAAGGGAGGCAUCCAGCCCCGUGUCUGGAGGCCGGGGGCAAUGUGAACACCAUCAGUCACUACCCCACCUGGACAUGUAUUAUUCAUUUGGGGUUGAAAUAACUAGUCGAAAGUAAGCAACAAUAAUUCUGUUAAUUGGCUUAUUGUUGAGGUCAAGCAAAUAUGUUUAUCCAUAUGCAAAAUCCAUCAGUUUCAGUUCCUCCUUUUCUUUUCCUACAUUGUUGAUAAUUAAAUACCCUUUGGGUGGAUGGUUGAACAAAAGUAGCAUUUUGAAGAUAUCAGUUGAAGCUUUGGGAAAGUGUGAUGGGCAAUUCUCUACUCAAUUCAUUGAUUAAUAACAACAAGUGACAAAUUAAUGUAAUCAUCCCUACAUCCAUAACUUUGAGCCUCAAAACUAGCUGUUAACAUAUGGUGAUGGGGUAACAUAAGGUGAAGAAGUAAUUUGGUAUAAAGUUGAAAUUAAGAAAGUAAUGACAUUUUUUAAAAAUAUGUUAGAACUCAAGUAAUUGUAAUGAAUCAUUAACAUCUACUUGCUGUUCAAAAUGCUGCUUAUUAUAUCUAUUUUGCUUGUGACACAUUUACUCACACAUGUAUCAGAGUGACAAUAAUAAUAGCAUAUAUUAGCACAUACUGAAUGCUGUAUAGUCCACCAUAUGCCUGUCCUGGAGGAGGUUGGUGUAAGGCUUCUGGGGAUCUCUUUCUACUAAUGUAGCAGAAAUACCAUCUCAUCAGAGCCUGUACUGAAUAUUCUUUGAAACUUGAAAUGUCUGAAAGAUGUUGAAAAUGAAUAGCUGCAGUUCUGACCAUAGGAUUUUUUUGAUGUAUGAUGACAGGUGGAGGAUUAUAAAGCAAAAAUUGCAGGCUUUCAUCUCUGAACACGCAAUUCUGUUAUCUAGUACUUCUAACUGAUGUGCACACAAUGUUUUUUACCCACUCUGUUUGUGGCAUUUUCAACAAGAAUCCCAUGAUGUCCUAUUCUUGUGGACAAAAAAACCCCCACGAUGAUUAAAUGAUAAUGACAAUUUUAAAAUGUUUUUUUUUUUUUUUUAAAUGCCUCAGCUCACCGUGGAACUAUAUGUGAAGCAAAGUUGCUCUUGCAAGUUGCAAGUGAGGUUGUGCCAAAUAUCUCUGCUCACUGUAACUAGAGAGAAAUGCUAUCUUUUUAUCAUGGGUCACAUUCAACAAGUGCCCAGGCUGUCACUGAAUGUACACUUGUCACUGGGUAACACAGGUUCCAAUUGCCACUUAUAGACACCAGAGCCUUCUUACACACUAAGAAGAUGUGGCAGUUAUAUGUAAAUUCUUAACUUUUAUUAAACAAAUAACACAGAUGAAGGACUGUGUAUUUAUUUUUUCUAAAUGUGAUGUAAGUUGUGCAAGGGGAAGUUGACUGACUUCAAAUUAAAGAAUUGAGAGAGGCUGUGGAGGGGGGAUAUAGGCAGUGUACAGUUAGGCCAAUUCACUGAAUGGGGUCAGAGUUCACCAUUUCACAUAAAGAUGUGCAAGCUGUGGAUGCAUGGCAGAAAAUUAGCACUUAAAGUAUGGUUGAACUGAAUUAUGAAAGAAGGAUGGCCAGGAAAGUGUGAUACCUCAAGGUUGUUAGCAAAGAUAAAGAAGCUGGUAGAAAGAAACACAUUUUUAGCUGGUGUCUUUUCAUCAACAAUGGCAAGGGUAAACAUAUUCAAUGACUAAAUACAUUGGAAAAAUAAGGUAUGUUAAUGGAAAUGAGGGGGAAACAAAGAAAUUACUAUGUUGUUUUCAGCUGUGGAAUUCUUGGAGAGAUACUUUUUUAAAUUUGUAUCAUUUUUAAAUACAAUUUCUCUUAAAGCUUUUCUUGUUCUCAUACUAUCAUGGCUAAAGAACAAUCUAUAGUGUGAAUAUAGUUGUGUUGGGGUGUAAAAUAUGACAAAUACAUUUUUGUGUAUCUAGGUGAAUUAAAUAAUGUGUGAAAAUGUUUGUUAUUAAUGCUGAGUAGAAGUUUAUACUGACUAAGAGAGGAGACAUUUUUAGGAGAAUAAAAUUAGAUUUGA